AUGUCUGCACGGCAGCUGGCCAUCGAAUUUUCCGCCUUACGACCCAUGCCUUGCACCGGUGUUGGAGUGCUUGAGCACCUUCCUCGCAUAACCAAAGAGGCAGUACUGGACUUCGACAUGUUAGGUGCUGCAUCUGACCUGAAUCGCUAUUGGCAUUUUGCCAGCCCACAAUACGCCAAUGGCAUGAAACAAUUCACAACUUUCACGUACAAGCUUCAGCAGUGCAUCGUCCACGAUCUCUCCAAGCUCAUCAUCAACGAAGAGUUGCCGGGAAUAAGAGUCUCGGAUCCUGCGAUCCGCCUACGUGAAGCCUUACGGCUGAGGAAGCAACUCAAUCUCCCAGACAUACCCAUUACAAUGAGAAACCCCAGUCUGCUCGAGAUAGUCGAGAGCCGGGUUUCGACCGAUCUACCGUCUGUAGAGGGCUCCGAGGACGCAGGUGGAUCGUGGCCGGAUGAUGGUUCGAUUCCGUACCUAUUGCUGUCGCCACUGUUGUAUUCUUCUUUGCGAUAA